CGCCCCAUGACGCCUAUUUCUCCUCCUUUGAUUGUCAAAGAUGAAAGCCUUACUCAAGACUCACCCAAUCAGAACUCUGAUAAGCUUAAGAAAGUGCCUCGUUCUCGUGGCCGUCGAGUCUCUAAUGUGCCUGGUUGUGGAGCACGUAUGUUUACUUGUAAAGCUGAUGGCUGUGGUAAAGUAUUCAAACGCUCAGAACAUUUAAAGAGACAUAUUCGAUCAAUCCAUACUUUGGAAAAACCAUUUGAAUGCCCAUAUCAAAGUUGCAAUAAACGGUUCUCGAGAUCUGAUAACCUGAAUCAACAUAUAAGAAUACAUCGUCAUAGUACUAGCAAUAGU